AUGUUCCCUUCAAAGAAAAAGCUUGCAGAAACUUUACCAAAAACUUUUAAAUCCUUGAAAAAUAUACGAGUUAUUGUUGAUUGUACAAAAUUCCAAUGUCAGUCGCCGUCAAACUUCGAAAAUCAAGGAAAUCUAUACUCUUCUUAUAAAGCUCGAACAACUUAUAAAGCACUAAUUGGAUGUACUCCAAAUGGAGGUGUAUGUUUUGUAUCCGAUGUAUACGAAGGUAAUAUUUCAGACCGUGAAAUUUUUAUCAAAUCAAAUAUUUCUGAUUUUUUGGAGCCAGAUGAUUUAGUGUUGGCUGAUAGAGGAUUUACCGUUCAUGACAUUGUUGAAUCGAAGCGAGCGCAUUUAAAUAUACCACCAUUUUUAAAUGAAAGAAAAUGUUUAUCACCUCAAGAGGAAAUGGAGACAAAGCGGAUCGCCAAACAACGUAUAUACAUAGAACAUGUUAUUGGAAGAAUUAAACAAUUUCGACUGUUUCAGAAAGUUCUACCUUUAAGUUUACGUUCAUCCAUGUCCCAAAUUCUUUUCGUGUGUGCAUGCUUAGUAAAUUUCCAGCCACCGAUUAUUAUAGAUUAA